GGGCGGGCCCGCCAGUGGAGCGCAGCGCGGGGACCCGCGGCCAGGCAGGAGCGCACCGCUCGCUCUAUGGGCCUGGGGAGCCGCCGACGCAGCCGCAGCCAUGAACCCCUCGCCGCUCAAGACCGCCCUGGCCUACGAGUGCUUCCCCGACCAGGACAACUCCACGCUGGCCCUGCCGUCGGACCAGAAGAUGAAGACGGGCACGUCGGGCCGCCAGCGCGUGCAGGAGCAGGUGAUGAUGACCGUCAAGCGGCAGAAGUCCAAGUCCUCGCAGUCGUCCACCCUGAGCCACUCCAACCGAGGUUCCAUGUACGAUGGCCUGGCCGACAAUUACAACAACUAUGGGACCACCAGCCGGAGCAGCUACUACUCCAAGAUGCAGGCGGCGAAUGGCUCAUGGGGAUAUCCGAUCUACAACGGGACCCUCAAGCGGGAGAAUGACAACCGGCGCUUCAGCUCCUACAGCCAGAUGGAGAACUGGGGCCGGCACUACCCACGGGGCACCUGUACCACCACCGGCGCCGGCAGCGACAUCUGCUUCAUGCAGAAGAUCAAGGCGAGCCGCAGCGAGCCGGACCUCUACUGUGACCCUCGCGGCACCCUGCGCAAGGGCACGCUGGGCAACCGGGGCCAGAAGACCACCCAGAACCGCUACAGCUUCUACAGCACCUGCAGCGGCCAGAAGGCGGUCAAGAAGUGUCCCGUGCGCCCGCCCUCCUGCACCUCCAAGCCGGACCCCGUGUACGUCCCACCCAUCUCCUGCAACAAGGACCUGUCCUUUGGCCACUCGAGGGCCAGCUCCAAGAUCUGCAGUGAGGAUAUUGAGUGCAGUGGGCUGACCAUCCCCAAGGCUGUGCAGUACCUGAGCUCCCAGGACGAGAAGUACCAGGCCAUCGGGGCCUAUUACAUCCAGCACACCUGCUUCCAGGACGAAUCGGCCAAACAACAGGUGUAUCAGCUGGGAGGCAUCUGCAAGCUGGUGGACCUCCUCCGGAGCCCCAACCAGAACGUGCAGCAGGCGGCGGCUGGGGCCCUGCGCAACCUGGUGUUCCGGAGCGUCACGAACAAGCUGGAGACCCGGAGGCAGAGCGGGAUCCGAGAGGCUGUCAGCCUCCUGAGGAGAACCGGGAGCACUGAGAUCCAGAAACAACUGACCGGGCUGCUCUGGAACCUGUCGUCCACUGACGAGCUGAAGGAGGAGCUCAUCGCCGACGCCCUGCCCGUGCUGGCCGACCGGGUCAUCAUCCCCUUCUCCGGCUGGUGUGACGGCAACAGCAACGUGACCCGGGAAAUGGUGGACCCCGAAGUCUUCUUCAAUGCCACCGGCUGCUUGAGGAACCUGAGCUCGGCCGAUGCCGGCCGCCAGACCAUGCGGAACUACUCGGGGCUCAUUGACUCCCUCAUGGCCUACGUCCAGAACUGCGUGGCCGCCAGCCGCUGUGACGACAAGUCCGUGGAGAACUGCAUGUGCAUCCUGCACAACCUCUCCUACCGCCUGGACGCGGAGGUGCCCACGCGCUACCGCCAGCUGGAGUACAACGCGCGCAACGCCUACACGGAGAAGUCCUCCACCGGCUGCUUCAGCAACAAGAGCGAUAAGAUGAUGAACAACAACUACGACUGCCCCCUCCCGGAGGAAGAGGCCAACCCCAAGGGCAGCAGCUGGCUGUACCAUUCGGAUGCCAUCCGCACCUACCUGAACCUCAUGGGCAAGAGCAAGAAAGACGCCACCUUGGAGGCCUGCGCCGGUGCCCUGCAGAACCUGACGGCCAGCAAGGGGCUGAUGUCCAGUGGCAUGAGCCAGCUGAUCGGGCUCAAGGAGAAAGGCCUGCCCCAGAUCGCUCGCCUCCUGCAAUCGGGCAACUCUGAUGUGGUGCGGUCCGGAGCCUCGCUCCUGAGCAACAUGUCCCGCCACCCCGUGCUGCACAGAGCCAUGGGGAACCAGGUAUUCCCCGAGGUGACCAGGCUCCUCACCAGUCACACUGGGAACACCAGCAACUCGGAAGACAUCCUGUCCUCGGCCUGCUACACGGUGAGGAACCUGAUGGCCUCCCAGCCGCAGAUGGCCAAGCAGUACUUCACCAGCAGCAUGGUCAACAACGUCAUCAACCUGUGCCGCAGCAGUGCCUCACCCAAGGCUGCGGAAGCUGCCCGCCUCCUCCUGUCCGACAUGUGGUCCAGCAAGGAACUGCAGGGUGUCCUCAGACAGCAAGGCCUGGACAGGAACAUGCUGGGGGCCUUAGCUGGACCCAACAGCCUCAGGAACUUCACCUCCCGAUUCUAAGGGGCCGAGCAAGUACAGAUUGCAGAAAUGACACAACCCAGCUGAGAAGACCUCAGGCCUUGCUGGAGGGGUGGCUCUGUCCACCCCGUGCAGUGUUUGGAAAGGUUCAAAUGCAAUGGAAAGCAACCCUGAAAACUGUGGAUGAUGGAAAUAUUUUUAGAUUUUUUUUUCCUUGGGGGAACUGGCAAGCAAGGAGGGGGGGUUGGGAAGGGGGGGGACUUUUCUUGAGUUAAAGGGGCUUAUGUUUCAUGUCAAUACUUCUUCCGCUGAGAAAUGGUAUAUAUAUAUAUGUACGAUGUAAGUGUGCGCGCACGCGUGCACGCUUGGUGUGAGCGCCUGAGAGCAUGACCACAAACUGCAAAAAGCUAAGCUGUUCCUGCAGGUCCUGCGGUGGGAAAAAGGACUGUCCCAUGUUUCUACGCUACCUGUGCUUUUCGAUCGGUUCCCAAAUGUGUCAUGCCGGGGCCGGGGCGGGCGCCCAGGGCGGGGAAGUGUCACAGGGGAGCCGUCUCCAGGGUGGGGGAGGCCCACCUACCCCCGCGAGAGGCAGCUUUGCAGGAAGGGAGGCUGGCAAGACGCAGCUGUCUGAUGAGACUGCGCCUCCUGCAUCGCCACGGGGCUUGGGGCUGGACGGGGUUGGGCUCCAGGGGACGGGCAAGGGCAGUCACGCUUGCUUUGCUGUCUGACGCCUGUUCCGGGGGAGCAGGAGGCAGCGGACGGGGCUGGCCGUUCUCCGGGGUGGGUACCAGUCAGAGGAGCCUCAGUCUAGAAAGCAUCUGCCAUCAGGGGCCUGGCACCUAUUUGUUUCAGGAGAAAGAAGGUGACACGGUGCUCAGAGCCAAAGAGCUGUUGGGGGAGUGGCUGUUUGGCCUUCCUAUUCCCAGGAGAGAGGGGACAGGCUGGGGCUGGACAGACAGACACCUGCCCCAGGCUCCGGUGGGACAGUGGCCGCUGGGAAAUGAGGCAGGAGGGUCUGCGGAGCGGGAGGGGGCGUGCCCUGGGUCCCUGGAGCUGCCACUUCUGGGCACCUACAAGCCCCAGCCCCAGCCAGAGCCCGUCCCCACCUUCCCCGGACCCCCAGCCAUCCUGUCUCCACCGUGUCUUUGGGGAAAACCACGGGGGAUGUGAUAUAAGAGGCUUGUCAGGGGCGCCGGCCACACCCGGGCGCCCAGCCGGCUGCGCACUGCAGAGGGGAAGCAGCAGCGGGGGCUCCUGGGGUCGGGGCCUCCGGGGAGCGCUCACUGUCAACAGCCUCAGUCCACGCUGAGCCAGAGCCGAGCAGGUUCCCAAGGCUCCCUGCUGUCCGCCUCCACCGCCCGCCCUCGCCCUGGUGGCCUCAGCCCGGAGUGGCCCACGGCCUCUCUGCCUCUCCCCUCAGGCCCCGUGCCCCCCCCGGCCCAUGCUACCCCCCUAAUCCGGCCCCACCUCUCACCCCAGCAGUCAGGCCCGGAAGGCCCCCCUCUGGACUGAGGACGUGCCUGUUAAGACAUGCGACAGACCGGGGCCAGACGUGGGAUGACAGGCCACCUGCCCCGUGUCCCGGGCUGCUGUGGGCCCUGCCUGCUGGUGAUGGAAGGCCUAUUCCUGGCUCCCGCCCUGGCCGCGGGUUCCAGGAGGGUCCUCUGCCCGCCACCAGGGCUCAGAGGAAUUCACUCCUUAGAAUAAAUUAUGGAGCACCCAGAGGUGCCAGGCAGCGUCCUCAGCACUCAGCAUCCGUCAGUGAACAAAACAGCCCCCGGCCCUGUCCUCACGCAGCUUCCGUUCUCCGGGAGGAAGCAGGAGAUGCGGGCUGUUGGGCUUUGGGGACCCCCAGUCCCGUCAGGGCGGAGGGAAACAGCCCAGUACAGGGAGUGUGGGGGCCCCCGGCAGGGGGUGGGGGCGGGCGGGGAGCCGUGGGCCGAGGGCGACAGUCAGGCCAGGCCUGAUGUUGUAGCCUCUCUUGUGCUUUCUCGGGCCUGUCCCCCGGGCCUCUGACCCACGGCUGUCACCUUGGAAGAGGCACAACGGAGAGGGUCCUGAGGGUGCAUUUCCUAAAGACGGGAGGACGGGGCUUGCCCAGGACGGCUCAGUAGCCUCAGCACGCAGCGGCCUCACGCGACUCGGUUGACACCCCAAACAAGACAUUGCAAUUUGGGGCCAGCGAGGCAGGACGGAGACCACCCAGUCUCUGCCUGGCCCUGCCCUGCCCCCAGGAUCUCUUGUGCUUGAGACGAGCCGCUCACUGGCCACCGGCAGCCUGUCCAGUGGGGGCCAGACCCCGCCGCCCCCGCGCCUCCCCUAGUGACGCAGUGAAGGACUCUCUCCGGACACGCGGAGACGGUGCUGUUGCCUCCUGCCCGCCCCAGAGCCCGGUGGAAGGCUGGGGUGGCUGGGAGGGGGACGGCUGGGGUGAUGGAUGGGCGAGGGAAGCCCGGGGGAUGAUGCUGGAGGACCCGGGACCCCCCGGAGCACACCCCUCCCUCUGCGCCCUGCUUGUGUAAGAACGUCGUGCUGGCCCGGCCCGGGGCCCCUGUGUGAUGCACUAUGUAUUUGCUUUUUUUGGAAAUAUAGGAAAUCAAUAAAUUGCUGGCAUUUCUUUGAA